CCGAGGAAUGUGAAUCACUCGAUUCUACUCGUGCCCUCAACAAGAGAAACGUCAGUCAUUCAAAUAUAGCUACCUGUGUGUGGAAGAACUAUAUUUACUUCUCAACUUAGGACAGGCGAGAGAGAGAGAGAGAGAGCAAAAGAACAAGAGCGUUGAUUCUUGGAAGUUCUUGAAGGAAGAACAUAGAGUUGUUGUGUUUUGCUCUCAGAUUGUGAAAAUAUUCAGCCGGGCAUUGUGAAUUGGCUUUGUUAGUGACGUUUAAACCUUGAACACCGUGAACAGGUUCAGUUGCUGUGGGAGAAUUGAGGCUUGUUCUCGUGUGUUUGCUGGUGGGAUUGUUUCAAAAUCUUUUGAUUCGGAUAGGGAAACCGGGUGGUGUUUAAAGUCUAUUGACUUUCUUGGCUAGCCACCAAGAGGAGAGAAGAUAACGCGUAGAUAGGACUGAGUCUUGGAGCUUUUCAGCAUGUCUGUUGCUUUGCUGUGGGUGGUUUCUCCCACUUAUGAGGUCUCAAACGGGACUGGAUUCUUGGAGUCGGUACGAGAGGGAAACCGGAUUCUUGAUUCAUUUAGGUCCGUUGCUCGGUGCAAGAAUUUGAUCUGCAAUGGCAGGCUGGACAAGGGUCAGAAGAAUCGGAGAAGUUAUAAGUCUAAGAAUGCAGAUUUGAGUUUCUGGAGCUUGGGAGGUUCGAGAUCACAGAACGGAAGCAGAAUCACUCCAAUAUCAAGUAUGGUGGCUAGCCCGGCAGGGGAAAUAACAUUAUCAUCUGAGCAAAAGGUUUAUGAUGUGGUUUUGAAGCAGGCAGCUUUAGUUAAGAGAAAAUUGAAAUCCAGUGAUGAUAUCGAAGUGAAGCCUGAUAUCAUUCUUCCAGGAUCUCUUAGCUUGUUGAGUGAAGCUUAUGAUCGUUGCGGCGAAGUAUGUGCGGAGUAUGCCAAGACGUUUUACUUGGGAACCUUGCUAAUGACCCCGGAGAGACGAAGAGCUAUUUGGGCAAUAUAUGUCUGGUGUAGGAGAACCGAUGAGCUUGUCGAUGGGCCAAAUGCAUCACAUAUAACUCCUACAGCCUUGGAUAGGUGGGAGGCAAGGCUGGAAGAUAUCUUUAGAGGUCGCCCUUUCGACAUGCUUGAUGCUGCUUUAUCGGAUACGGUUUGCAGGUUUCCUGUUGACAUCCAGCCAUUCAGGGAUAUGAUUGAGGGAAUGAGAAUGGACCUGUGGAAGUCAAGAUACAAGAACUUUGACGAGUUAUAUCUGUAUUGUUAUUAUGUAGCUGGCACUGUAGGAUUGAUGAGUGUCCCGGUUAUGGGCAUAGCACCAGACUCCCAGGCCACAACAGAGAGUGUCUAUAAUGCUGGUUUGGCAUUAGGCCUCGCAAAUCAGCUGACGAAUAUACUCAGGGAUGUUGGAGAAGAUGCAAGACGAGGAAGAGUCUAUCUACCUCAGGACGAACUGGCACAGGCAGGCCUAUCAGAUGAAGACAUAUUUGCUGGAAAAGUAACAGAUAAAUGGAGGAACUUCAUGAAAAAGCAAAUAAAUCGAGCAAGGAAAUUCUUUGAUGAUGCAGAGAACGGUGUCAAAGAUCUCAGCUCAGCCAGUAGAUGGCCAGUGUGGGCAUCAUUACUUCUGUACCGACAAAUACUGGACGAGAUUGAGGCAAACGACUACAACAACUUCACGAGGAGGGCAUAUGUUGGCAAGCCGAAGAAGAUUCUUGCGUUGCCGUUAGCGUAUGCAAAGUCUCUUGUUCCUCCACCAUCCAGAACCUCAUCUCCUGUUGUUAAGGCAUGAGUAGAAACAUCUAACAUCUCAAAUCAUAAGUAAUUAUACAGUUGGGAAAGAAACCGGAUACUUUGUACAUCAAACAUUUGUUGGCAAUGCAGUGAAAUUCAAUACAGAAGGCGGUCUGCUGCUAUCGUUUUUCCCUUUUUCUUCUGUCAUCUCAAGAAUAGAUUCACGAUGUGUCGUGAUUCUUUGUCGAUGCCUUUAGCUGACGACUGGGAAUUGGCUGAAAGCAAGAAAAAUUAUAGGUAACUUCUACUGUCAAAUUGAACAUUAGACUCAGGUUUGAAGCUUUGAACCCGACCGGGUUGUAACUAAAUCGAGUUGAAUCGAAUGCAUCAUUCUUCAGGUUCUUUUA